AUGGGCAGCGAGUGCAAGGGCCACCUUCAGCUUCACGCCGCAGGCUACGGCAUCGGCGUCGCCAGCCCGCAGCAGCAGCUGGAGCAGGCGGGCGCCAUCGCACCGUUCGUGGAGAAGACGUUCCACAUGGUGAGCGACCCGGCCACGGACGCCGUCGUGCGCUGGGGCGGCGCCAGCAACACCUUCCUCGUCCUCGAUCCAGCCACCUUCUCCGACUACCUGCUGCCCUCCUACUUCAAGCACCGCAACUUUGCCAGCUUCGUCCGGCAGCUCAACACCUACGGGUUCAGGAAGGUGGACACGGACCGGUGGGAGUUCGCGCACGAGUCGUUCCUCCGGGGCCAGGCGCACCUGCUGCCGCUGGUCGUGCGCAAGAAGAAGAAGGCGGGCGGCCUGGGCGGCUGCCGGGACCGGGACCUGCUGUGCGAGGAGGGGGAGGAUGUGCGCGGGACCAUCCGGGCCGUGCAGCGCCUGCGGGAGGAGCAGCGCGGGAUGGAGGAGGAGCUGCAGGCCAUGGACCGCCGCCUGCGCGCCGCCGAGAGACGCCCGGGCCAGAUGAUGGCGUUCCUCGCCAAGCUCGCGGACGAACCCGGCGUCGUGCUGCGCGCUAUGCUCGCCAAGAAGGAGGAACUGGCCGUGGCCGGCAACGGGUCGCCGACUGCGCCCGUGGAGGCGGCGCCGAGCAAAAGGCGGCGGAUCGGGGUCGGGGCCGAGGCCGGCGCGGGCGGGGCCGCGGAGCUGGCGCAGAGCAGGGGCGCCGUGCCGUUCCCGUUCUCUGUUCUCGGUCAAGUGUUCUACUAG